AUGGAGGGACCGCACGGCAGCUGCCUCAUCCUCCUCCUCCUCUGCCUGCUCCCACCACUGGGCAUCCCAAGCCCACCGCCGCCGCCGGAGGAACCUCGGGAGCUGCUGCCGCCACCGUCCAGCACCGCUGACCCCACCGCCCACCUGCUGCGCGGCCACCCCUCGGCCCCGGUGAGGCCCUACAGCCUCUCGCUCUCCCCCAAGGAUUAUCGCUACUCUCCCAAGCCCCGGCACCUGCGACCCGGGCGGCUGCGCCGGCUCCUGGGCUCGGCCUUCGACCCCUUCUGGAUGGCGACCGAGGAGCCCCGGGGCCGCAACGGCAGCGCCCUCGAGGAGAACCUGGAGUCCAUGAGCAGGGAUCUGGCCGAGGGCGCCGGGCGGUACCACCGCCAGCUGUGGCGAGAGGCGGAGGGGCUGGAGCUGCCCGCCCUGCUGCCCGCCGCCUCAGGGCUGCCCCCGGAGCUGCCGGCGGCCCUGGCCCGCCGCCUGCGGCAGUGGCUGGUGGAAAGGGCCACCUGCCGCCUCACCUCCGCCUGGGUCGAUCUGGGACCCGUCUUCUGGCCCCGCUGGGUGCGCCACACCACGUGCGAGAGCGGCGGCCCCGGCUGCUCCUGGCCCCCCGGCAUGUCCUGCCGCCCCGCGCAGCUCACCCGCAUCAAGCUGCUGGCCUGGCACUGCUGGACCCCCCAGCAGCCGGGGCCCCAAAACUGCGCCUGGCGCCAGGUCCCCUACCCCGUCGUGGCCGCCUGCAAGUGCUCCUGCCGCUGAGGGGGCUGCGGSGCUACAGAGGCACCAACUGGUCCCCGUUCUGGCAGCCGAAACGCCUGAAAAGGCAAGCGUCUGCCUGCACUUAAGCCUCGGAACAGGGAGAAAAUCCCCUUACGGAAAUAAACCUCCA